AUGGCCGACCACAACGGCUCGUCCUACUCGACGGACGUUAAGGCGUUGGGCUCAGACAUCCAUGUUGCGCCUCUCGCCUCCUCCUCCGCCCCUGGUCGGGGGCAGGGGAAGAUCCAUCUCUCCAAAGACUUUAUCGAGCAAGCCGACGCCGAGCUGCUCGCGACGAUGGGGUACAAGCAGGAGUUCAAGCGUGAGUUCUCCUCCAUCGAAGUCUUCGGUAUUGCCUUUUCCAUCAUGGGUGUUGCGCCCUCGAUCGCGUCGACGCUGCUCUACUCGUUGCCCUCCGGAGGACCGGUGAGCAUGGUGUGGGGCUGGUUGGUGGGGACGUUCUUCAUCGCGCUCACAGGUCUGGCGUUGGGCGAUCUGGCCAGUUCGAUGCCGACAUCCGGUGGAUUGUACUACUGGACCUACGCGCUGUCGAGUAAGAAGUAUCGCAAGUUCCUCUGUUGGACCGUGGGUUACGCCAACACCCUUUCCACCACCUCAGCGGUAGCUUCCAUUGACUGGUCCGUGGCGAUCAUGAUUUUGGCCGCUGUGUCCGUCGGUACGGACGGGCGCUACGUCCCCACCGACGCCCACACAUACGGGGUCUACCUCGCCGUGUUGCUGAUGCAUGCGAUUCUCACGUCCAUCGGCACCCGCGCCCUCGCCCGCUUCCAGACCGUAGCCACCGUCCUCUGUGCCGGUCUGGCUGUCGCCAUCUGCGUCGUCCUUGGGACAACCACCCCUUCGGAGUAUCGCAACCCCGCAUCCUACGCGUUCGGCGGAUGGUACAACGAGACCGGCUGGUCGAGCGUCGGCGCCUUCAUGUUGGCAUUCAUGACCCCUGCUUGGACCAUCGCGAGCUACGACUCAUGCGUGCACAUCUCCGAGGAAGCCUCCAACGCUGCCCGUGCCGUACCCAUGGGCAUCUUCUUCUCGAUUGUCUCGUCCGGGAUUCUCGGGUUCGGAAUUAUGGUGGCGCUCACAUUUAAUAUGGGAAUGGACCUCGAGCCGAUCAUCAAUUCCGACUAUGGUCAACCGAUGGCGACCAUCAUCCUCAACGCUGUUGGCAAGACGGGCUUCAUGCCCAUCUGGGUCUUCAUGAUAAUCGUAAAUUUCAUGAUGGGGGCAUCCAUGAACCUGGCAAGCUCGAGACAGAUCUUUGCGUUCAGCCGUGAUGGAGCCCUUCCCUUCUCCGGCUGGGUUUACCGGAUCAACAGUUACACCCUCACCCCUGUCAACAGUGCGUGGUGGUCUGCGGCCGUCUCGGCCAUCCUGUGCCUGCUCGGCCUGGUCAACGCCGUUGCCGUGGGUGCUGUGUUCUCCCUCAGCGUGAUCGGCGCUUCCAUCGCGUACACGAUCCCCAUCGUCGCUCGACUCCUGGCGCCUCAUCGUUUCAUCCCUGGCGUGUGGUAUCUCGGCGACUUUUGGUCGAAGCUCGUCGGCUGGGUCGCCGCAGCCUGGCUCGUUUUUAUCAGCAUCAUCGUCUGCCUCCCCUCCUACAUCCCUGUCACCGGCGCAGCAGACAUGAACUACGCCUGCGUCGUCACCGCUGCCACCUUUGUCUUCAGCGGCGCGUGGUACUACUGCCCCAAGUACGGAGGUAGACACUGGUUCGAGGGUCCAAAGAGCAACUUGGAGGUCGGCGACGUGGUGGCGGUCGAGACGGCGAGAGACCUGCAGGACGAGGAGGAUGCGAAGAAGGCUAGGAGCCAACAGGAGGAGUUGAGACAGACCGUCGAGGUGGACGAUUUCAAGGAGUAG